AUGAGAAGUGUUGAAGACGUUCUUGCAUGCGACGUUGUUGGCCGAAGUGCUCCGAGUCUUCUUUGUCUGGCCAAGAAGCUGCAGGACGUGGUCUUGAUGAUCCAGCGGCGCUGGCGAGGUGUGCUGACACGGCGCCAAGUGAACAACUAUUUCCUCCCCAAGACCGCGGCAGAGCGACGGGCGGUCAAGCAGAAGACUACGGCCAUGUUAUCUGCCAAGGAUGUGACCACCCGUGCGGCCAACCAGUCAUUGCGGGAGUUGCGGCAAACAAUCCUUUCAACCGCCAAUGCAGAUCCUCUGGAGGAUGCACAGCUGACCCGCGAUCAGAUGGAGGCUUUGCCCGGAGCCGUGGACAACAUGGCCGCCACUGUCUCCGGCUUUGGCUCCGGAUUUGGCGGCGGUGCACCUUCGGGUGCCCAGACAGCACCACCCGGUGGCAUCUCGCCAUACACCAGCUACGAGCAGAGCUCGCGCUUCAAUGGGGCGAUAACGGGGCCGGCGGGAGCUGCCACGACGCAGGACUUGUCCAAAAAGGACAUCCGCAACACCCGAGACAGCACCCUCCGGCAGAUCACACGUCUGGACUGA